CAAACCGAUCCAGGGUCCAAGAUUUCACAUCAUACAAGAUCCAAGAUUGGAAAGAUGAAGACAAACACAGUCUUUCUGCUCCUGGGUGUAGUUCUGUGUCUGGCGCUGGUCAGUCAAGCUAAACAAAUAACAGUGCCCUGUAAUCAGCCUAAUGUAAUUCAAAAAUCGUGCGGCACGGCUUGUCCAAUCACAUGUGCAAAUAUAAACGACCCGCCAGCACCGUGUCCUUUAAUAUGUGUACCAGGUUGCUUCUGUAAAGAUGGUUACUAUGCAAACAGUAUGCGAAGGUGUGUCCGAAAAAGUGAGUGCAGCUAAACAGCCUGCGCGCAGUGGGUGUGGCCAGCAACGCUGAUGAAAGUUCCCAAGAAUAAAGAUAUGUGGAUUAAGGAUCUUACAACACAUUAAAAUGCUAAAAUACAAUAGAAAUCCUU